AGAUAGGGAUUCCCCGGUCAGGUGUGGUCAGAUGUUCGGCGUAAUAUUACGGGGUAACUUACCGGGGCCUCGUGAUCUUGGCAAAGUUGCCGGCGUUGUAGUAGUACGGACUCGUCACUCUCCUUCUCUCUCCUUCCAACUUCCCUCUCCCCAUCUCUCUCUCUCUCUCUCUCUCUCUCUCUCUCUUCUUCUCCCCUCCGUCUGUUCGUGGCUUCGUCUGUCCGUCGCUCCCCAUUGCCUUUCAUGGCCCGUCUAUUUCAGCUGCGCCUCCCCGGAAAUGAUCGUCUGGAUUCCCGCAGAUCCAGUUCGACUUCCACGGUUACCGGCUUCUGACCCGGUGGGGAUUCGAGAGCAUAGUUAUCAGCUCGCCAUCUCAGAGUGGGUUCGGGGUCUCAAUGAGACAUUCCUGAGUCCUGACAUUUGACAGGGACAGGCUGCCACCUGUCUUUCUGGUUUUGGGGAUGGCGACUCAUUCAGGAACGAGAUCCGCCGCUGGAGCCCCAGUGUGGCGGUGCUAUCGGCGAUCAAUGUGGCGCCGAUGUGCCCUGGGCGCCCCUCCAUUGCCCGGUCUGCUCCCAAGUCCCAACACACAACGCACCAUUGUGGCCCGGAACCAUUCUCCAUCGACCGCUAUCCACUUUGCCUGGAUUUGACGGGCCUGUCAUAGUGUAUCGUCGCGAUUUUAUCGCCCCAAUAUC